AUGGCCCGUAUCCAGAUCCCUCUCGACGUCCUGACGUCGCGUCUGAACAUUUCGGACCGCUUCGCAGGUUUUCGUAACACCUCCCUCUCAAGCCGAUUCGCCAAUAUGCGCCCCGUCAGCGAAUUCCUCGAUUUUAAGCGUCUGUCCAAACCAGCCAACUUCGGAGAAGUCCAGUCGCGUGUUAAUUACAACCUGGGCACCUUCUCGAGUAACUAUGCUUUGGUAUUUGUGCUCCUCAGUGUCUAUGCACUGAUCACAAAUCCUCUGCUACUCUUUGAUAUCAUACUUCUGGUUGGUGGCAUGUGGUUACUUGGCCGACUCAACGGACAAGAUCUCACCAUUGGCACUUUCCAAGCUACAUCUUCGCAGCUGUACACCGGCUUGCUUGUUACCUGCGGUCUUCUAUUUCUAAUUGCAUCACCUUUCUCCACUGUCCUAUGGUUGAUUGGCUUUUUCCGGGGAGGCGGUCUAGGUGGUCGGCCGCGAGCUCCCAAAUUUGCGCCCCAAUGGGGAAGACCAUCGAGGCGUCCGAGGAGGGGUUAUGAAGAGGAGGAGGAUGAUAUAUGGGGGACCGGGCGCAGGGUUGUCGAGGAGUUGUUGGAUAGUGAGGGUGCGGACGCACAAGGCGCUGAAAAUGGUGGGAGACGGUUUGCUAGUGACCCGCUUAGGUUCACCGGCAUAGAUUUGGGUGGUGGUGGUGGUCAGGCACGGAAUGGUUACGCUUAUCAACAUUCGGAUGAAGAGGACGAGGACGAUGACGGCAAUUCAACAGAGGAGGGUACACAAGCUACAUCAGAAGAGGAAGAGGAUACCGACGAUGAAAAUCAGGUUGUUAGGAGAGAACUUGAAGAAGCCUUAGUACAAUCGGCUCUUUCAAGGAUACGGAAAGCUCAAAGCAAGGGCAGGCAAGACGUCAAGCUUAACAAGGAGGAGCUUGCUGCUCUUGACCGUAGACGGAAACGCUUACAAGCUGAAGCUGAGGCAGCGAAACGAGGUGGAGGCAGUCGAAAACAACGCAAAGAAAAGGAACAGCGAUACGCCGUCCCCCUUUCUCAAUUAGAUGCUCCUUCACGUGGCCCCUCUGGCUCCAAUGAGUCCUUGGCCCGCAAAGCUUUACCAUCGACAGAGCAGGGACCGCCGAUGGGACGUUUUCAUCCGCCAAAUUCAAGCCGUUCCCGUCCUCGCUCCGGUACUUCAUCAUCAUCUACACAACGUCCUCAAUCCCGCAUAAGAGAUUCUCCACCUUUCGAUUAUCAAUACGUGAACGCACCUCCUAACCAGCGACACGCCUCCGAUCCUUCGGGAAGACCUCCGUCUUCCGCGUCAUCCCAAAAUCCCUUCCAAUAUCAGACUGCCGGUCCGCGCGUGCCGUACGCCGAGGGGGCUGCGGCCGUUAGGAGCAGUCCGAGGAGACAUAGAAGCCGAGCAAGAAGGGACGAAGAACAAGAGGACGAGACAACAAGUGACGAUGGAGGGAAUAGAGAGAUUGUGGUAGCCUCGCCUUCGCCGGAAUCUGAGCGACCCAGGGCCAAGAAGUCUUCACCUGGUCAACCGACCGCAAAGAAGAAGGCAACUAGUGGUACUGGUAAAAAGCGAAAAGGGAAAUAAGCCGAGCAGAGUCGUCCCCAUCAUCCUAGUGGGAAAAGCAAUACACCUAUGUAAUACCUGAACAUUGAUAGACUGGUUUUUAAUAAUGCACUCGCGCGCUCCUCUUCCUUCAAUUAAAACCGCGUACGCUUCUCACCU